UUUAUUAUUCAUCGAUUCAUUAAUUUAUUCUACAUUGUCGUAAUAAUAUCAAAGAAUAACACAUUUUAAACAAUCUUUAGAUUUGUAAGCAUGUAUUUGAACUAUUUGUGUACAUAGACUUAACAUUGUACGUUGCAUAAUAUUUUAAUUUAAAAUAUACACACAUAUGUGUGUAUGUAUAUUGAUUGCAUUUAUAUUAUAGACUCACACUGUCCUUUUAAUCAUUUAAGCAGGAAUUCCAAUUUUGUAGUUUAUGUCAGUGUCUUUUUAUACGUGAUUUAAAGUUAAUUUGUGAGCUAUUAUUUUUUCUUUCAAAUAAUAUCGUGUUAUUUUAUAACCAUUUAAUGGAUAUUUGAACUUUAUCAUUAUCAAUGAAAAUGAUUCAGCGAACACUAUUCAAUAGAAUAUAUUUCUCGUUACCAAAAAAUAUUUGGUUAGGUUAUCACAAUAAGUUUUCUAGUGAUGUAAUUAAGGGUAAGGAUAAUAAUACAGAAUCAAUCAAGGAAUCUGUAAACAAUACAGAAUCUACUUAUGAUACUGAAGAAGUUAGUCAUCUACUCAAAGAAUCUGCAACAUACAACAAUACUGGUGAUACUAAUUGGGUAACAACACCAUAUCCUGAAGGUGUUCCAAUUCCAGAUGAAAAGAAACCAAAGGUAGAUCCAAAAACCACCUCGAUUUUAUUGUUUCCCGGUCAGGGUGUAAUUAAAGUUGGCAUGAUUAAAAAAUACAUGCAUUUUCCUGCUGUUAAAGAACUAUUUGAAAUUGCAAACGAAAUACUCAAUUAUGAUUUAUUAAAAAUUUGUUUGAAUGGACCAGAAGAAAAACUAAACAGAACAGAAUUUAAUCAAAUAGCUACGGUCAUCUCAUCAUUGGCUGCCUUAGAAAAAGUUCGUGAGGAAAGACCUAGUGUAUUUGAAACUUGUGUUGCUACUGCUGGUUACAGUGUAGGAGAAAUAACUUCUCUGAUUCUGUCUGGUGUUAUAACAUUUGAGGAUGGAGUUAGAUUGACACAUGUCAGAGGAAAAGCUAUGCAAUAUGCUUCAGAUAAAGUAUCCCAAGGAAUGUUAUCUAUUACAUGUACACCAAACACAGAAGUUUCUAAAGCUUGUAUAGAAGCAAAGAAGUGGGCAAUGGAAAUGGGUGUUGAACAACCUGUGUGCCAGGUUGCAAUCUAUCUAUGUACAGAGAGGAAAAUAUUAGCAGGCAAUAUACAAGCAUUAGACUAUAUUGAAAAAAACAAAGAGCUAUUUGGUUUGGGUAAUGUAAGUAGAUUACCUGUAUCAGGAGCAUUUCAUACAGCUCUUAUGGAACCUGCUUUGAAGUCUGUUGGAAAAAUGUUAGAUUCAAUCGAAAUACAUGAACCUAGAUGUCAAGUUUAUUCAAAUUGCAAAGCACAACCUUACAAUUCAAACUUAAAAUAUGCAAAGAAAUACAUAUGUAAGCAAAUUAUUUUACCACUUAAGUGGGAACAGUGUAUACAACGCAUAUAUAAUAGACCACUAGAUACAGAAUUUCCACACACUUAUGAUAUAGGAUCAGCAGGAAGGAUGAAAACUAUUUUAAAACUGAUUAAUGCAAAAGCAUCACUAUCAUGUACUGUAAUUUGAUACAAUAUUAUGUUACUAUAAGUUGUACAGAAUACAAUCCUUUUUUAAUUGUUUA